AAAAAAACAAGAAAUCAGAUUAAAUUCCCAAUUCGUUCCGCACCCAGAAAUUUCUUCCUCGUCGUUUCCUCGCUCCAAAAUCCGUCGGUCGCUUCUUCAAAUUGAAAAUUUUUUCUCACGCUCGUCGUCGUUGCUUGCGGAAUUCAGAGUUUUUCCCCUGUAAAAGACACCUCUCUGGUAAAGGAUUCUUCCCCUCUUCUGUGGUUUUUCUGCAACUCGGGCCUUCUCCUUCCAUGAAGGCUAGAUUGAAGCUUGCCGGAGUAUGAUGGUGAAUCGGAGCUGUACGGAUGGCAAUCUCUUUUCCCCGUUGAAAUUGAGAGGAUCUUGCGCUAUUAAUUCUUUAAUCCUUGCUUGUGAAUGGAGUCGGCCAAGUAUUCGGGUGUGAAGGUGACGCGUGCAGGACAGGAGAAGAACAGCGUGCAGGUUGUAGAAUGGGAGGAUUAUGAACAGGAGCUCGCACGCUUGUGCAGCUUGACAACUGCUCUUGAGGAAGCCAACAAGAAGAAAUCGGUCCUUAAAGAGAAGCUCGAGCCCUUGAUUGAAAAAGAUGCUGAAUCGUUGAGUCGGUCAAAUGAGCUUGAUAUAAUGCUGGAAAAAUUGGAAUCUCGUAAGUUGGUGAUGGGAAAAAUGUCAAUGCAUUCCAAGGUUGUGCAGGAGAAAGUAAGAAAGCAGGAAGAACAACUUGGUACAGAAAUUAGGUCUUUAUUGGUUGCAGGAAGUUCUCUUUCUGAGGCCAACAAGCGUUUGCAGGAUUCAAGUAGGUCAAUUUCUGGAGAACAAGGAUAUGGUCGUCUUAAAAGAUUGCAGAAAAUAUUGAGAAAGAGGCAGCAGUUAAUGGUUUCACAGGUUUCCAUGUUGUACCCAGUGAAGAUUGUGAUCAGAAAGGCUCCUGUGCAAGAGCUUGAAUCAUUCAGUAGCAAUAUUAAGUCAGGUGUUCCUGAUGGAUCAAAAAUGCACGACCAAGGUAUAUUGACAAUCUCAGGUCUGCAUCUUACAGUGGUCCCUUUUACAAAGAUGAGUUUUUUCGCUGACAAGAAGGAGGUCCAACGAACUUCAACUGCGCUGGGAUAUGUAGCCCAUGCCGUUUCACUUAUCGGGUCGUAUCUGCUAGUUCCUUUGCGUUAUCCAAUACGCUUAGGAGGGUCUCAUUCAUAUAUACGUGACUAUUCCCCAUCCAUUGAGUCUUCUGCAUCUUCCAGCACCGAUUCAACAACUUCAACAAGUAUCAAGCUUGUGGAAUUUCCACUCUUUAUUGAAAGACAAGACUCAACGAGGGCAGCUUAUGCUGUAUUCUUGCUAAACAAGGAUUUGGAGCAGCUCUUAAAUUUCAUCGGUGCCAAGAGCUUAGGACCACGGCAUGUAUUAGCAAAUUUAAAGGAGCUAUAUAGGACAAUUCUUUCACCGGAUUAUGUAGAUAUGUGAUCUCGACAACACAGUGAAAUUCCGGUAAGUUUCUGUAAAUGGAAUCUUUGUAUUCUUAAAGGGGGGUGCCUAUUUUUUUUGCUUGCACCUAUGAAUAUGAUGUUGUCCAUUUUCCUGGAUAAUGUUAGAUCAUAGUUGAUAUAGACUACCUUUCUGGUUUUUGCAAAUUUUUGCCUUAGAAAAAAAAAAAAAGAAAAGAAGCUAUGAUGGGA